AACCAACAGAUGCUGAGCCCUUGGAAAGUCUACGGAUCCCGCGUGAUAACUUAAUCCCACUGAUAAGCACAAUGACGACCAAAGAAGCCAAGGUGGUAUUGGUUGACAUCGAAGGAACAACCACUUCGAUCAGCUUCGUGCAUGAUGUCCUGUUUCCGUAUGCCAAAAAGAAUGUGGAAAAGUUCUUAGAGGAAUCCUGGGCUGGAGAUGAUACCAAGCAGCUUGUCUACGAUCUGCAGAAAGUACCUCAAUUUUCCGAUUUUAAGGCCUCAUUAAGUACUCCGCCGACGGAAGUGGAUGUAAAACUGAUGACAGACUUUGUACGCUAUCUUAUUGACCAAGAUCUAAAGGUCACGCCGAUGAAAACGCUGCAGGGCCUCAUCUGGGAGCAGGGUUAUGCCAGCAAAGAGCUCAAGGGACAUGUGUAUGAUGAUGUUCCAAAAACGUUUCAAGCCUGGCAAAAUGAGGGUCUCCAGAUUGCUGUCUACUCCAGCGGCAGUGUUGCUGCCCAAAAGCUUAUUUUUGGUUAUAGUGUAGAGGGAAACCUGCAACCGUUUCUCAGUGCUCACUUUGACACACAUGUGGGCCACAAGCAGGACCAGCAAUCUUACAAAAAUAUAGCCAAGAUAUUAAACGAGGAACCACAGCACAUACUGUUUCUCACGGACAUUCCAGGAGAAGCGGCUGCUGCUCAAUCUGCUGGAUUACAAGCCAUUAUCCUUGAGCGUCCUGGAAACGCCCCCUUAACAGAUGAUCAAAAAAGCUGCUUCGAGGUGAUAACAGACUUCAAACCGCUUUUAUCCCUCAAAUUGCCGAUCAAUAAAUCCCAAGCGUAGGUUAAUCCAAAAAGAA